GUCAGGCACACCUCCGAAACUCUGAACCUUCUUUUUUCAAAUCAUAUUUAUUACCAGUUCGAGCCUUCGGUUAAAGAUUGUAAUUCUUCAACAAGUGGUCAAUAUUUCUUUUGCAUUUUCCUAAUGUAAUAAGACAAAUCUGGAGACACUUGCAUCAUUAUCGGUCUUACAUACUUCAAUCGACACAGUCACUACCAAGUUUUCCUCACCUCAUGGCAAGUUUUCACGUGAGAAUUCUGAAAAGUAAGCUCACGUAUCCAUUGAAAUACCCAAAUUAGUAAUUGAAGUUGGGAAUACAUGGGCACAAUAGCUAAACAGGAUCUCAAAGCGCCAUCCCUUAGCCAAUAACUCAUGAUGAUGCAGCAGCCAGUCAUAGAAAACACAAAGUCGGAUGAACAAGAAAUUGACAACCCAGAUGUUCAACAGGUGAUACUUCAUAUCACUUGUCUUCACCCCGCCGACUAACUUGAGAACAUACAGAGUAUUGCAUGGGAUGACGACCCUUCCAAUCCGCUGAAAUGGCCCAGUGGGAAAAAGUGGUCCAACAUUAUUCUCAUAUCAAUGCAAGGAAUGGUUUCUCCCAUAGCAUCUACAAUUCUUGCUAUCGCCGCCCUGGAAAUCGCAGAAGACUUUUCUCUCCAUGACCAUUACACUCUUGCUCUGCCAGUUGGACUGUACGUUUUGGGACUUGGUUUAGGGCCUCUUGUUCUUGCUCCUUGUUCAGAAAUAUAUGGACGGCGAAUUGUUUAUAUCCUACGUUUCUUGUUAUUCAGCGUUCUCAAUGCCGGUUGUGCCCUUUCUCCAAACAUCACCGCACUGUGCAUAUUGCGCCUUCUGAGUGGAAUGAUGGGCUCGGCUGGGCCAAGUUUGGGUGCAAGUAGUAUUGGGGAUAUGUUCACUCGUGCGGAACGAGGAAGAGCACAGGCUUUAUACGCUUUUGGCCCAACUUGUGGUCCAGUCCUUGGUGGGAUUCUUGGUGGUUUUAUUGCAGAUCGCACUGGUGGCUGGAGGUGGUUGAUGUGGGUAAUGGCCAUUGCCUCCGGCGUGGUCUUUCUAUUGUGCGCUCUUUUUUUACAAGAAACUUAUGGACCUUAUCUUCGAUCUCAGAGAUGGAGAAAUCCCGAAGCGAUUGCACAACGAAGGCCAUUUUCACCAGAAGCGAGAAAGCUGUUUAAGCGCUCAAUUGGAUUGCCUAUAAGGCUAUUGUUUACAUCUCCUAUAUGUACAUUUAUGAGUAUCUAUUUGUCCCUGUAAGUGGAGAUACAAAACAAUUGGACUUUCGAAAUGUCCAUUAACAAGAUGUACUUAGGAUUUAUGGUAUACUCUACCUCCAUCUCAUUACGAUCCUCCUUUUGUUUGGACCUAGUUCUGUUUAUAACCUUCACUCCUACCAAUGGACUCACGGAACUACGGGUUUGGCUUAUCUAGGCGCUGGACUUGGUUCCCUGGUAGGAACAGUGAUUUGCGGGAAGUUCAUGAAUCAAUCGUAUACCUCAGCACUCCGAAAACAAGAGAGAAAGACUGGCUCCGCUGUACCCACACCGGAACUCCGCCUCCCCUUCAUGCAGAUAGGUAUGUCUGUUGUGCCAAUUGGAUUAAUCAUAUUUGCUUGGAGCGCAGGAAGAACCCAUUGGAUUGUUCCACUUCUAGGAGCCUUUAUUUUUGGCGCUGAGAUGUUUAUGGGCUAUGUGUGCAUUCACACUUACCUCGUUGAUUGUUUUGGUGAAAUAGCCGCAAGUGCACUUGCAGCUGCCAUCGUUACUCGCUGCUUUAUUACUUGCGCAUUUUGUGUUAUGGGUUUUCAGCUUUACAGCAAGCUAGGUUACGCAUGGUAAGUCGGGCUUAUUUGAUGUUAGAAGGAGUUUACUGACUGCGAAACUUUUGAACAGGGGAACAAUGCUGCUUGCAUUUUUGUGCAUUGCUAUGAUUCCCAUUCCGAUCUUAUUGCAGUUUUAUGGCCCGAUGCUGAGAGAGAGGCGACCCAAGCACAGUUGGUAG